AAAAACCCCAAAGCUAAAUAGUGUCCCCCUACUCCUUUGGCGGCUCCUGAAAUUCUCCAACCUCCUCCAGAAACCCUAAUCGGAAAUUUCAAAAAAAAAACUCCGGGCGCUUUUUGUUUUGUUUUUGUAAAUAAAUUUAAAUCGUGAAUAAGGAUGGAGAAUUCUACGGCGAUGAAACCGCAGGAGUUUGCUCUCGUCUCCAUCUCCGAGCUCGGCUCGUCUUCUUCUUCUUCUCCGUCGUCGCCGGCGGUGGCUAUGUUUAGCGCCGGUGAGAACGGUGCUGUGGAGCUUCGGUUUCAGCCGGAGUCUGAGUCGGCCGCUGCUGUCAAUGUCGAUCUUCAAGCUGCGAAGCUAUUCAAGUUAGGGCCGGUGCAGUCUGUAUGCAUAUCUGAAGGCUCUGAUGCUAGUAAAGAGAAAUUGUAUUCGAGCGGCUUAACGAUGCAUUUUAAGAAUGAGGAGGAGAGUGAAGCCUUCCAUUGUGCGUUCGAGCAAUGGAAGAAGUUGCUUGCUGGUGAAGGAAAAUGCUUACCAAAUGGAGAGUUAUCAUCUUCCAAAAGCAAGUUCGAUGAUAAAAUAGAACCAUCGUCUGCUAAAAUGUACUUCCAUUACUAUGGACAAUUGCUACACCAACAAAACAUGCUACAAGAUUAUGUGAGGACAGGAACCUAUUAUGCAGCAGUCAUUGAAAACCGUGCAGAUUUCACAGGUCGGGUGGUGGUUGAUGUCGGAGCUGGUAGUGGGAUUCUGUCAUUAUUUGCUGCUCAGGCUGGUGCGAAGCAUGUUUAUGCAGUGGAAGCAUCUGAAAUGGCAGAAUAUGCACGCAAACUAAUUGCUGGGAACCCUUCUCUGGGUCAAAGGAUAACUGUAAUCAAAGGUAAAGUUGAGGAGGUUGAGUUACCUGAGAAAGCAGAUAUUCUUAUCUCAGAGCCAAUGGGUACAUUGUUAAUUAAUGAAAGAAUGUUGGAGACCUAUGUAAUUGCAAGAGAUCGGUUUCUUCGGCCAAAUGGAAAAAUGUUUCCUGGAGUUGGAAGGAUACACAUGGCACCUUUCAGUGAUGAAUUUUUGUUUGUUGAAAUUGCAAACAAGGCUCUCUUCUGGCAGCAACAAAAUUAUUAUGGUGUUAAUUUGACACCCUUGUAUGGAUCUGCAUUCGAAGGAUAUUUUUCACAGCCUGUUGUAGAUGCUUUUGAUCCGAGAUUAUUGGUGGCUCCGUCCAUGUCUCACUUGAUAGACUUCAGUAGAGUAAAGGAAGAGGACUUGUAUGAAUUUGAUAUACCAUUACGGUUUGUAGCUUCUGUAGGCACUAGAGUGCAUGGAUUAGCAUGCUGGUUCGAUGUCUUAUUUGGUGGGAGCACUGUACAACGGUGGCUUACCACUGCUCCUGGCUCACCAACAACCCAUUGGUACCAAUUACGCUGUGUUCUCUCGCAGCCAAUUUAUGUGAUGGCUGGACAAGAGAUUACUGGGCGACUCCACAUGAUUGCCCACAAUUCUCAAAGUUAUACAAUUUAUCUCACAUUAUCAGCUAAAAUGUGGGGCCCUGGUGCUGAACAAGGGGGUAUCAUUCAGUCAUCGUCUUGUAAGCUCGAUCUUAAAGAGCCUUACUAUAGGAUGUCGCAGCCACAGCCUUAUGCAAUGGCCCAAGAUCAACAACCACAUCAGCAAUUACACUCACAGGAUCUCUAGAAGCAAACAAAAAAUAAAAAAGAAGCAUUACUGCCAGGAUGUACCCAUUGACUCCCUGGAUUUUGAAGACCACGAUUUAAUUCCAGAACCAUUGCCAAGUUCAGGGCCCAAGAUCACACUGGCAGAAUAUAAAUCUAGCGGUCUUUGAAGAAACUUAUGAUAAUGCCUCAUCUGUUUGUAACAUAGAACUCUUUACUUCCAUGUGCUAUGGUUCCAAGUUCGAAGAAGACGUUUCAGUUCAUUGGUGUCCGACUUUCUUACUUAGGGUUUGCCCCCUGUAAAUUAGUUAAUUAUUUGAGUGCCUGUAGCAGAUUUGUGCAAUGUUAUAUUGAUUUAACAAGGUAAUUAAUAAAAAAAAUUAUCGCCAAAUUAAUUUCA